UUGUACGAAGUUAUUCUCUACACAAACUGGAAAACUUCCAGCGUGAAUCCGACUCAUUCAGCUCGAGAUUCGGAUCUGUUCGUGGCGAGAGAAUAGUUCCGAGGUCGGCGUUCCUGAAAUAGGAGCAAACACAAUGGGACUUCUUAGCAUUAUUCGAAAGAUCAAGAGAAAAGAAAAGGAAAUGCGCAUCCUUAUGGUGGGUCUUGACAACUCUGGUAAGACAACAAUAGUUUUAAAAAUAAAUGGGGAGGACACCAGUGUCAUCAGUCCGACUCUUGGCUUCAACAUCAAAACCAUCACAUAUCAGAAGUAUACGCUCAAUAUAUGGGAUGUUGGGGGGCAGAAAACAAUAAGGUCUUAUUGGAGAAACUACUUUGAGCAGACUGAUGGCUUGGUGUGGGUUGUGGAUAGUUCUGAUCUGAGAAGGCUAGAUGACUGCAGAUACGAGUUACAUAAUCUUCUGAAGGAGGAGAGGCUAUCAGGAGCAUCAUUAUUGAUUUUUGCAAAUAAGCAGGACAUACAAGGCGCUCUUUGUCCAGAUGAAAUAGCCAAAGUGCUUAAUCUGGAGGCUAUGGACAAUAGUCGGCACUGGAGAAUCGUGGGAUGUAGUGCUUUCACCGGAGAAGGACUACUUGAAGGAUUUGAUUGGCUGGUACAAGACGUUGCAUCACGAAUUUAUAUGCUUGAUUAAUUGGAAGUUUACAUUAAGAUUUUGAUUCCUGCAAGAUGGCCUUUUUAUACACUUUUGCAUAUACCAUUCAAAUAUCAUGCAAGGAGCAAUGUACCUACUAGUUGCUGCUCAUCUGUAGACUGCUCCAAUAUGACCCUUUGUAAGGAAAAUUAAUACAAGACCUCUCCCAAUACGCAAGAGUCUAUGUUAUCACUCCCUGAGCCCAUGUCAUAUUGGAAGGUUGCACAAGCUCCUUUUCUCAGAGUGGAGAACCUAUUUUACCCCUCUUGGGGGCUUAAUCAGUGUAAAUUCAGAAUUCAGACGUAGGAUGUCUAUCUAGAAGUUGUCGCAGCUCAAAAGGGUUUCCAAGCUUAGUUUGUAUACUAGUAAUUAAUGCUUACUUGCUUAUAUGUUAACGACUUGAAAUGAAAGUGAGUUAAAAACAUUUCAUGGAGUUUCAGUACAUCUGUUUUUGUUUCAAUUAAAA